AUGGAGGCCGCCAUGAUCGUCGUCACCACCUUGCUGCUGAAUCUUGCCUUGUUCUCGCCAUGUCUCUCGAUUGGGUCCAUGCCCAUCCAUCACGACUACACCCGCUUCGCCGACGUCGAGCGGCACUGUCAGUCCGUGCUCUCAUCAGCCGCGGACGCGGAGCUCAACGCUGAUGCCGGCCGUGGCAGCAGACUGAUGUACCAGCUAUCCUUCAUGAACGGCGACUGGAGCCAAGACGCCGGCCAAGCUCCCCUGCUUCCGUUCCACGGGAGCUAUGCCGAUCCGGCGGUGGUGGCCGGUCCUGAGCUGCUUGAAGCGGUCCCCCUGGCGUCCUUCAGGCUCACGCACAUGGAGACGGUUCCACGGCGACGACGAGGUGCACGAGCCGCCUUCAACGUCAGCGGCGUCCUUAGUCUCACCAUCGCCCGCAACCGCAGCUGCAGCUGGUUGCAUAUGGAAAUGGAACCGAGUCCGUCGCCAGAGUUCGAGCUCCGGCCGGGGAUCGCCAGGCUCCAUCUAGUGUUCCAAGGCGUGUAUACCGAGACAAGGUCGUCGCCGGGGAGCGGUGCCCGUGACGACGGCGGUGGUGAGAGGGUGCUGUGUAUGGUCGGGGACUCUGUUCUCCCCGUGCGCGGAAGCAACAGCACGGACCCGUGGGACUGGGCCAAGAAUGAUGGCGCUGGCACCAACCUGGAGCCGCCGGUCAUGUCCGACGGCAACAUCCUGCUCGUGCUACGGUACCCCAAGACGCCGACGCUGACAACUCGCGCCGUGCAUGGCGUGAUGAUGAGCACUAACUCCAAGUCUGAUGGCGCGUACUUCGACACCAUCCGCUUGGUGUCACAGCUUUCGGCGGGCGGGUACGGCUCCGGUUACCAAUUCCGGCAAGAAGAAGACGCGGAGUCGUCUGAUGUCGCAUGGUGCAGCAAGGACGACUCUCCCUUCCAUGAAGGCGACGCCAUGGAGCAGCACCACCUGAACAGUGGCGAUUCUCUCGGCGACUUCAUCCACGAAUCCAAUUUCAACGGCCAAAUGAUGGAAGUCGUUCCAAACUGGAACUGCAAGGGGACUGAUGAGUUCUGCAGCCAGGUCGGGCCGUUCGUGUCCAGGCCCCCUGCCACAAGCAGAGCUUUGGAGGACAUGGCGUUCACUCGUCCCGCCAUCGCUGUAAGCAUGGGCUUCCAAAGCAAGCCGUUGGGCACCGGCAGCAUGGACAUGGACGGACGGGCAGCCGCGACCGCGAGGGUGGCAGCCGUGUUCCGCUACGUGCCCCCGUGGGAGCAUCAGCCCACUGCGGCAAAGCGGACCGGCAUGAGCAGCAUGACCUUGUCGGCCGAUGGCGUCUGGAUCCCAUCCAUGGGGCGGGUUUGCAUGGUGGGCUGCCUAGGCGUUGGCGUUGCCAAGGAAGCAUGCCACUACCGUGUGAGUCUCUCCGUCGGGACAACGAUGUCGAUGACUCGCCGCGGCAUCAUCGCCGGACAGAUCACCGCGAUGGAUGGGGAGAGCCACCCUCCGCUCUUGUUCCAGCAACGCGUGGACCCCCAGAUUGGCGGCUACAGGCCGUUGCAGCGGCGCAUGUCGUACUUUUACACCAAGGUCGAACAGGCUCGGGAGCUCCUCCUUCGACUCAGAGCGAGCCAACCAGCGGGAUUUCGCAACAGCUUCGUUGCCAGGUCACUACUCAGCUAUCCAAGUAUCGCUCCUGGUGUUGCUCCCAAUGAUGACAUGAUGGUGAGUCUCGCCAACCUCGCCGACGACCUUGAUCUUCGCUUUCAGUUCACUGUGAAGCCGCCGUUCGUGCCGCAAUGGAUCGAGGCGCCAUUCUUUGAACUAGCAGAUACUCUCUAUUGGCACCAUGGUUGGACGAAACAGCUAUCGCCAAUCCCAGACCCAGAGUAUGCCGCGGAUCGAUCUACUCAAGAGAGUCCAUGCCGUGAAGAAGCAGCACAUACUGCUGAAUGUGUCUGCGGAGUUCAUGGCAUCCAGGAAAUGCCUCGGUCCAAGUCCGGUGAUGUCAUUGGAGGGCGUGUACAACCCAGAGGAUGGGCGAAUGUGACGGUGGAGUACCCGCCGACGACAACGCGGUGGCUCAUCAGCCAGGAGGCAAAGGUCUUCAUCGCCAGCACGAGAGAUGACGACGACCCACUACACUUCAACAGGACCGAGCUCCACACGCUGCCCGUCAUAUACCGGGACCAGCGGCAGCACGAGCUGACGGAGCCGAUCGUGGAGGGGCUCCUCUGCGUCACCAUGCUGUCGGCCACCAUUGCCGCCACCAUCAGCCAGCUGCGCUACAUCAAGUCCCACGCCGACGUCGCGCCGUACAUCUCCCUCGCCAUGCUCGGCGUCCAGGCUCUCUGCUACAGCGCCACGCUGGUCACCGAUGCAAAGAUGCUGCCGGCGUGGCCAUCGCAGAGGUACGGACGACCCUACGCCUACCAUAUGGGUUGGAACAUUCUGGACUGCUCCUUGAAAGCGCUCACCCUCGCGGCGCUUGCCGUCACGGCGCGGCUCGCUCAGAAGGUGUGGCGGUCGAGGGCCCGGGCGCGGGUGCGGGCGCCGCUCGAGCCGGAUCGAGUACCCGACGACACCGUGGUGCUCCUGUACAGCUUCGGUGUACACUUGGGCACCCUCUUCUUCGCCGUCGCCGUGCACUGGCUGAGCACCUAUGGCACGUCGGUGACGACUCUGCCGCCCAGGGUGGUCUACUAUGAAGCGCAGGGGAUGCCGUCGUCGCACAUGCGCACAGGCGGCUCCGUCAUGGAGCGGUAUGUCGGUGUGGUUAAGGAGUGGUUUUUGCUCCCGCAGGUCAUCGGCAAUGCCGUCUGGCGCAUCAACUGCAAGCCUCUCGCGGCGGGAUACUACGCCGGCGUCACCGCAGCGUGGUUGCUGCCACGCAUUUACGGCUACCUCCGGCCACCUGUCGUUAACAUGUACCGCGACACUCACGACGAUGUCAUGGACUUCUACUACAAGGCCGGUACCGUGGUGAUUCCAGUCGUCGGAGUCCUGUUGGCUAUGGUGGUUUAUGUGCAGCAGCGCUGGAACUACAAGAUCAUUGGUUGGGCAAUGAAGACGGAGAGGAAUAAGCUGCAGCACGCGUACUGA